AUGAACCACUGGUUGGCAUUUUUAAAUAAACCUGAAUCCUUAAAGGAACAGAAUUCUAGUUGCGACGAACAAGAGGAAAUGAGAAGUGCUACUGGCGAUGCUCUAACAAAAUCGCCAUAUAGACCUUCUCGAAGAGGCCGAUCACAAACUUGGAUAGAUUCGGAACCUCCAGCGCCUGUUGAGAACGCUGUUACAUACAAUGCACGGGCAAAUAUCUCUUCCGACAUCGCAUCGAAAUUGUCAAAUGGGCGUUCUCGAAGAAACCGUUCAGGAAUCUGGACAAGUUCAAAAGCUUCUUCAUCUUCCGGUAACAUUAGCGCGUUGGAAAAUUCAACUGAUGGAAUUGUGUCAAAAUCGCCGAACAAGUUUCUUCAAAGGGGCAGUUUACCAACCGUAGGAAUAGGUUCACAGGCUCUAUCACCCGCUGGAAAGCCUAGUACACUGGGAAAUGUGAGUCCCAGUAAAUUUACCACCUAUAAGGCACAUAACAAUACAGAAGCUAACAAUAAUUUCUCUUCUACGCCCACAAAACUUUCUACCGAUGCCCAUGAAGCGAGGUCGGUGUUGAACGAUGAGCGAUCCGUUGUUAACUGUUCGCCCUUAGAGAGAAACCUAGAGAUUGCGCACCUGGAGAAUGUCUUUUGCUCAUCUAAAAUUACAGAUGAAGAAUACAUAAAACUGAGAGAGGUUAGGCUAUCUUCAUCUUCAUAUGAUGGAAACAUUUCUAAGGAAAACAAUUUUCCAAACGUGUUGGAAGAGCUUCAGUUAAAAAAUGAUGAGAUUAAACUAUUAAGGCAAAGACUUGAUGAGAAGGACGGCAAGGUCAAAGAAUUAGAGGAACUUAGAAAUUUGAAUGACAUUAAGCUUCAAAAGAUUGAAUCUUUACGGAAGGCAAUUCAUGACGAAAAAAGGGCUGCAUCUAAAAGGCUAGAAAUUGCUCAAGAUCGGUUUUGCAAAGAAAUUACAAAACUAAGAGAGAAAAAAAUUUCAAAUUUUCCAAACAAAAACACCAGCAAAGAGGAAGAACUUGACACGGGAAGGGAAAGGAGUAAGUGUAAGACAUUUUCUCAAAGAAAUCUUUUAAUUUCAGAAUUAUACAAAAGGCAAAAACAAAUUUCAAGUUUGCAGCAAGAGAGUAUUUCCUUUUCGCAGGACGUAAAGGACUCAAAGGGUUCUAUAGUGAGGCUACAAUCAGAACUCGAAAUAUUGAAAAACAAGUUACAGAUUUCUCAAGAUGAAAAUAAAAAAUUGAAAGAGAAUAGUUCGUUUUUCGAGAAAAGGUUAAAUGACAUUUACAGCUAUAUGCAAAACCUUCCUCUUUUUGAAAAGGACCUUGGUAAGUUUAUAUUAGAAGAAAUGAAGCACGGUCACACUCCUUCAACGUUCCAGAGCCGUUUCACCAAAUUUUAUCCAGAUGUAAAGGAUAUAAAACAUUUUGAAAGUAUGGAACAGUAUAAGCAGCUAAAGGCAAAGAUUCAAGUUUUGGAAAAAAAAGAUGGUAUACGCCUUGAGAAAAUAAGUUCUCUUUUCAAGUUAAUUAGUGAAAGAUUACAUUUCAUGCAACAACAGCAUAGUCAUAAAAUACAAUGUCUCCAAAAGGAAAUGUCUACAAAAGAACAACAGUUCCGUUUAGAGAAGAGGAGAUGGCAUGAUAUUUUGAAUCUUAAGGAAGAGAGUUUCCAAAAACUGAAGAACGAAUUGAGGGAAAAAUUAACGUUGUGUGAAAAAAUACAAAAAAAUGCUGAAGAUAAACUGAAUAAUUACAUAAAUGAGCACAAAGAGGUUAUCAAUGAGCUUCAAAGUCAAUCUUUGAUAAUUGAAAAACUGAACAGUCAAGUUGAAGAGUCGAAUAAUGUAUAUACGAAAGCUGCUGAUGAGCUAAUGGGGAAAAAAAGUGAAAUACUCAGAUUCGAAGAAACAAUUGUAUUACUAAAAGAGGAUAUAUUACAAGAAAAGCUAAAUUUGAAAAAGCUAUACGGUGAUCCAUCUACCGAACUCAAUUUUGAAACUGUGGGUAAAUCAUUUCCACAUGUGACAAAAGAAAAAUAUGAUUCAUUGGGUCUUGAUAUUUUAAGUGAGCUCACUUACGUGCAAUCGCAAAAUCUAAUCAAAAACUUACUAAUCGUAUUAGAUAUCCCGCUAAAAACCUUUCUAAAAGUUGUCCCAACAAUCGUCAUUCAACUUAGAUGUGAGCUUACACUUCUUACAAAGUUUGCUAAUGAUUUGAACCUCAAGGUUUACGGUAAACAAAUAGAUUUCAAAAGUAGAAGAAAAAUCGCAAUGACUGAGUUUUUGAGCAAUCAUGAUAUCGCCGAAGUAAAGCAUCCCCUCAACUAUGAUUUGCAAGCGUUGUAUAAGUAUUUCUUUUCUUAG